UGAGGAUGAGGGUGGUCAAGAUCCUAAAAAAUUUGUGCUCAAACUCUCCAACUAAAUUCUUCAUAAAUUUCUCAAAGAAAAAGUCAGCAUACAAACACAAAUAUAAAUUAAAACUUAAAACUCUCCCAUCACCAAAACAAAACUUAAAUAAAACUCUCAAAUCAGUUUUUGUUUACAUUAGACGGUGCGUUUGGUAUGUCGAAGUUCGACCCCUUCGCGCACCUAAACAUCAAGCUCAACGAGGACGGCACAUUGUCUCGACUCGCCAAAUUCCCAAACAAAGACGCCAACCCCGAACCCGCACCAGGUGACCCAAUUGCCACCAAAGACUGCACCAUAAACAACACAUUCCUCCGCAUCUUUAUACCUACUGUCGUCCUCCGCUCUAAUUCCACCACCACCACACGCCUCCCAAUCGUUUUCUACUUACAUGGAUCUUCUUGGAUUCUCUUCGACGCCGCCAAUGUCGCAGCCUAUGUGACGUGUACCCGCCACGCCUGUGAAAUUCCUGCAAUAAUCAUUGUCCCGAAUUGUCGCCUUGCGCCAGAGCAUAGGAUCCCGACGCAGUACGAUGACGCGGUGGAGGCGGUUCUGUGGGUGAAACAACAGGCAUUGGAUCCCAAUGGAGAGAGAUGGUUGAAAGAGUAUGGAGAUUUUUCUAGAUGUUACCUUCACGGAUCUGGCAGUGGAGGGAACAUUGUGUUUAACGUCGCGUUGAGGGUUAAUGACAUGGAUUUGAAGCCGUUGAAGAUUGUUGGCCUUAUAAUGAACCAACCAUUGUUUGGCGGGAAACAGAGGACGAAAUCGGAGUUGAAAUUCGCGACGGAUCAGAUGAUGCCGUUGCCGGUGCUGGACUUGAUUUGGGAGUUGGCGUUGCCGAAAGGAGCGGAUCGGGACAGUCCAUAUUGUAAUCCUACGGUGGAUGGGCCGCACAAGAGUAAGCUCAGGUUGUUACAGAGGUGUUUGGUGAUUGGAUUUAGUAAGGACCCGUUGAUCGAUCGGCAGCAGAGUUUUGUGGAAAUGUUGAUGAUGAGUGGAGUGAAAGUGGAUGCUCAAUUCGAUGAUAUGGGGUUUCAUAGGAUUGAACUUGUGGACAAACGAUGGGCUGCUGCUCUAUUACAAAUGGUGAAAGAAUUUAUUCUUAAUUAAAUCCGUCACUACUUUUGAUUUUGUUUCUUGUUUGGAGUUGGGUGAUGAAUAAAAUAUUGUAAACACGUAGCAAUAGCUCAAGUCAUUAUAUCUCUAAGUUUAAGGCGGAUGUUGGGAGUUCGAAUCAGUUAUGAGUAUUUUCAUUGUUCUAUGGACAUGCUCAUACACCACUCGGUCAAAAAAAAGAAUAAAAUUAUUGGUCUAUGCAUAACU